GCCGACGCGGAAAGCGGUAGGCUGCUGCGGCGGAGCGGUCCCUCUGUGGGCUACGGCGCCGGGGCUCCGCUUUCUCGCUCGAGAGUCCGGCGGGAGUCGCGCGGGUCACCUUCCCAGACAGGCGGCCGCGAUGGAUUUCCCCAGAUCCCUGUGUCCCUCAUUGUUUAUGGCUGGUCCCCUUGGUAUGAAUGAUGCCCCUGACCUGUCCUUCAUGUGCAGCUGGAGAGAUGUUCUGACGCUGCCAGAGUCCCAGCCCCACGAUGCCAAGAAUGCCAUCCCUCGCCUGGCCAAGGACCUGCUGUGGGAGCCGUUGGCACCUGGGCCCCUGCCCCUGAUGCCUCCUGGUCCUGACUCCUGGGACCCUGGUGUGACUGCCCAGGACCUCCUUUUCCGAGGAGGUCGCCACUACCGGAGGCAGCCUCAGGUCGUACUGGAUGUGACUGAACAGCUCAGCCGGUUCCUGUGGGAUCAUGGGGACAUAGCCUUUGCACCCCUGGGGAAGCUGAUGCUGGAGAAUUUCAAACUGGAGGGUACCCGUAGCCGCUCCAAGAAGAUGACAGUGGUCACUGUGAAGAGGCUGCUCCAGGACCUUGGUGGACACCAGCCCUGGGGGUGUCCCUGGGCAUGGAUCAGCCACCGGCAGCGUCGCUUCUCCAUCCUCGGGGGCCCAGUGCUUAACAAGUCAGUGUCCAGCCUCCUGGGCAAGCUGCUGCAUGAGGAGCUGGCCCUGCGCUGGGAGCAGCUGCUCUUAGACGAUGCCUUCACUGGGGGUGCCUUGGCCUGGGUGCCCGGAAGGACAGCCCGGGUGGGCCAGCUGGUCUACCCUGUGGGAGGUGCCCUGGACAAGCUGUGUUUCCAGGAGGUCAGUCUGACCUCAGGAGGCAAUCCUCGGGUCUUUGGGGACCCUGGGUACAUCCAGCUGCGCGGACCUGUCCGGCAGGUGGUGACCUGCACCGUCCAGGGAGAAACUCUGCUGGCCGUCCGCUCUGAUUACUACUGUGCCAUGUGGAAGGUCAGCAGGCAGGAGCCGCCAACCCCGCUGCAGACGCUGCAGGUCGAGAAGGGGGCCACGGGGAUCAGUCUCAGCCCACACCUGCCCGGGGAGCUGGCCGUCUGCAGCCGUUCUGGAGCCGUCUGUAUGUGGACCCCUCAGGAUGGGCUGCAGCAAGUCUACAAAGACCCUGAGACCCUUGUGUUCCGGGACCCUUCUCCCUGGCGCUGGGCAGACUUCACCGCCCACCCUCGGGUGCUGACAGUGGGUGACCGCACUGGGGUGAAGAUAGUUGACACUCAGGGCCCGCCAGGCUGCGGACUGCUGCUUUUCCGUGGGGGGGCAGAGGCCUCCUGUCAGAAAGGAGAACGUGUCCUGGUCACCCACUAUCUGGGGCAGGCCAGCUCUGACUGCCUCCCUCCCACCCUCCAUCUCGUCUGUACCCAGUUCUCACUCUACCUGAUGGACGAGCGCCUCCCCCUCGUGCCCGUGCUGAAGUGGGACCACGGCCUCCCUUCUCCGCCCCUGCUCAUCCGCCUGCUGCCUCCCCCCGGCCCUGGCUUGCCACAGCCCUUGCUCCUGGGAGGCCAGGGGGGCCAGUUUCAGCUGCUGCACCUCACAGGAGCGGGGUCCUCCACACCCCGGCUGGCAGGGCCCCCCCAGUCUCUUCCCUCCAGGACCGAUUCCCUCUCUGCAUUUCCUCUCCUGGAACCCAAGAGCCAGGGGCAGUUGCAGCAGCGUCUGGAAGCGCCAACCAUAGGUCUGGCCGCCACUGUCGCGCACUGUGCCUCUGCACCAGUCCUGUCCGUCUUCCAGCUCUCCAAGGCUGGGGACGUCUUCUCCCAGCCUUUCCGCCUCCACAGAGACACGGAGCCCCCCGAGCCUCCCAGCGACCCGGACCCUGGGCCCACCUGCCCUGCACCCAGGGCCACGGCAUCACCCCAGGACCCACCUCCCAAGCCUCUCGCACCUUCCUGGAGCCCCCAGGCCAUCGCCCGCUGUAGCCACUGGCUAGAAGCCCUGCUGGAGGUGCCCCCUGCCCCGGCUGUGUGGGCUGCACCCACCUUCUCCCACCGCCGGCUGCUGGGCCGCAUGGAGCCGCAGAAGGAUGCAGGGAGAGUGCCACAGGGACUCCGGGCGGCCAUGGCUGAAGGGCGGCUCCUGCAGCAGAGGGACCUGGGCUCGCUGCCCAGGGCAGAGCCGCCCCCCGCGCCUGAAUCAGGCCCACAGGAUGAGCUUACCGAGCGCUUGGGGGCAGCCUGGGAAGGCCAAGGGGCUGCCUGGUGGGAGAGGCGGCAGUUCAGGGCCUUGGAGCCUGAGGGCCGGGCCAAGCGGCCCAAACGCCGGUCUCAGCUGUCCAGCACCUUCUCGCUCACCAGCGGUUUAGAUCUCCCAGAGGCCAGCAGCCCUCCUCACAGCCCAAACCAGACGUCCUCAGAGACUAGGCCUCACUCUACAGGGACACUGCACUCCCAGGAGUUGAGUCAGGAGCCGUGGACCCAGGGCAUCCCCUUGGAGCGGCGGCAAACCCUCCGGGACUACAUGGCCAAACUGCCACUUCAAAAUGACACUCUGGGACAUAGCCCAAUACUCCCCACCCAGGCCUCCAGUGCCCAGGCCACCCCCUCCCAGCAGCACACCCCUGUCCUCUCCGGCUCUCGGCCCCCCAGGAAGAAGGCACGCAUGGGCUUCUGAGGCACUGGUGAGGCUCCUCCUUGUGCCCAGGUCAGCAGGGCCUUCCCAGGGACGGCAGGAGAUGGCGCUCCCCAGGGACGGCAGAGCUUUCCAACUCCUGAAGGCCCUUGUGGCCAGCCGUGGGAGGCCCAGCAGUGAAGUGGGCCCAUGUCAGAGGAGUAGGCAACAGAAUGGCCUACAGAUUAGAGGGAGAGGGAGCACAGGGGGGCAGGGGCAGGCUCUGUUGGAGGCUGGGCUCUCCCACCCCCCUUGUUCCCCACCCCAUGGAAAUGGCAGCAGCCAUGUUCCCCUUGUUGGGUGGGGGUAGGGCGAGGCCCCAGGAGCUGAGAGCCUGCUGCAGGGUGGGUUUGUGAGCAGCUUCCCAGGGAGGUGCUUUUGGCUGAACACUUGUGCUGGUGGUGCUCCUGUGGGUGGCUCCCUGUGCUGUGGGAAAUGCCCAUUGGAGAGGGCAGGCACCGGGCUGUGGCCCUGCUGCGGAUCACACUUGGAGGGUCUUUCUCAGUAUCUGAUGGACCAGAGGAAAUUGCCUGUAACUUGCAGGAAUAUGGCUGCUAAAACAUUUAUUAUGCUAAUAGACGUUUAUAAUUACACAGUGUAUACUACAGGUAA